UCAAAAGAAAGACGUUUUAGUUGGACUCUGAAUAAAAAGGAGUGUAUAGAAACCGUCCGUUGUGUUUCUUUUUAUUUAAAGUGAUUUAUUAACGAUUAUUUUUCAUGUUUAAACAAAGUAAAAUAGUGAAUCGAAUUUAUAAACGUAUUUUUAUUAAUUAUUAGUGUAACCAGUGUUACAUUUUCAGUGACAAACAAAGCAAAAAUGACUGAUUUUAACACAACUGGAGAUGACACUCUACAAUCGGUGGCAGUGGAAAAUAUUUCCAGUACGAUUAAAACCGAUUUGAGGCGAUUGUACAAUGUAUGGAAAGAAAUGGGACUAAAUGAAGAAACCAGGUCUAUAUAUUGUAAUGAAGUUCACAAACACAUCAAGGAAUUGAUGAGUGACAUGAUUUGUGAAUUAGAAGAGAAAAAGAAUUCUCUUCUUCAAGGUGUACAAAAUUUAAUGGAACUAGCAAAUACAUUAUCCAAGGAAUUACAAAUGGACGACUUCCCUGGUACAAAUCCAGAUUACGAACACUUGCCACUUAUUGAAGUUCAAGAAAAAUUGAGAUUACAAGUUCUCGAAUUAGAAAGGAUCAAAGAAAGACGUUUGGAAUUCUUAAAUGAACUUCGAUCGAGGGAGGAAGUCGUUUGUAAGAAACUUGGCAUUAAACCCAUUGGGUUAAGUAAAGAAAUGCCUUCCAAGGAAGAUCUAAAUCAAUUUCGAACUUAUUUAGAAAUUCAAGAACGUGAAAAGGAUCGUUUGAGUGGAGUAUUUAAGGAUUUGCGAAGGACUGUCAAGAAAUCGAUGGAAGAAUUACAUAUCUCACCUUCCUUGGAUUUUGAAAGGCUCGUUUGCAAUGAUUAUGAAAAUUUUAUAUACACUGUGGAAAAUAUGUCGAAAUUAAAGGACAUGAGAAAUGAUUUAAAGGCUCAGGUGGAAGAUGCAAAGCAACAAAUUGUUGAGAAAACGGAAGAACUCCAAGCUCUUUGGAAUUAUCUCGACGAACCUGAAGAUUAUUGCCAGGCUUUCCUUUUGAAACAUCCUGGUCACACUGUCACAACUAUUUCUGCCUUCAAUGCGGAAAUAAAACGUUGCAAGGACAAGAGAUGUGAAAAUAUUGGAAAGUAUAUAUUAAAGGUGAGAGAGGAAUUGGAAUUGUUGUGGGACAUGUGCCAAUUCAGUGAAUCUCAAAGAUGUUUUUUGCCAUUUUAUUCGCAAACUUACACUGAAGAUUUGCUAACACUCCACGAAUUAGAAGCAGAGAAACUGCGCAAAUUUUAUAAAGCGAACAAAAAAAUAUACGAUCUUCUCGAGGAGCGAGAGAAUCUUUGGGAGAAAAUGAAGGAAUUGGAUCAACGAGCCAACGAUCCGGAUCGUUUUCAUAAUCGUGGUGGUCAAUUAUUAGCCGAGGAAAAGGAGAGAAAGAAUACAACAAAGAAAUUGCCGAAAAUUGAAGAGCAACUUCUACAGGCCACCGAAGAAUAUGAAAGUGAAAGUGGAAAAUUAUUCACAAUUAAAGGUUUGCCAGUUAAUGAAUACUUGGAACAAAGUAAAGUGGAUUACGAGAAAGAGAAGGAAAAUUUGAAACUUGCUCGUAAGCAAGCAAAAGACAGAUCGGCAAACAAAUCGGCAAAAAAGACACCACUUAGUACAUCGAAACGAACACCAAUGGGUAUGAGUAUUCGUGUACGAACACCAACCACAGUGGGGGCGAAAAGAAAAUUACCAUACGAUUCGUCACCUAAUAGUGCGACUCUUUCGAAAAAACGCAAUUUGAGCGGUGAAAAGAGUCGAACCGCUGUUAUAAGCACCAAAGCAAGACGCAGUGGAAGGAUAUCGAAAAAGGCUUUGAUAAGCAUGAAUAAAGCGAGUACAUCAAAAUCGGACAAGAAACAAAAAUUAGAUGCGGAUGGUUUAAAAGCGGCAAAUCUCAGUAUUUCAUCGUAUGGCAAAUUUCAAGAGCACUUGGAGCAAAGGGAAGAAUUACGUAGUUCUAUGUUAUCAGAUCAAUUGCUUGAGAAUGCAUUUGAACGUGGUAAUAAUAUGAAAACUCCAGUGCGAACGCCAGCAAAACCAUUACGUAAGAAUUUACUGUCAGUUAACAAUGCCCAUUUGUCAUCGAAAUCUGCAUCGACACCACGAACAACAACACCAAGAACACCACGUGUUAUGCACAGACCACGUUUAGCAGCUGUGCCAAAUAAUACACAAUUUAUUUUUUAAAAUUUAACACAUUUUUUAAUUUUCUGACAUUAUCAUUUUUCUUCUUAACGAAAGUAGAAUAUAGUAAUUUAAGACAACAACAAUGUCAAGAAAGGCUCCUCGCGAGCCAAUAUAUAUCAAAAAAAUGCAAGUGCAACAGAUUUUUAAGUAUUAUUUUUAUUUUUAAAAAUUAAAAGCAGUAAAUUUUAGUUUAAUUUUUUUCUUUCUUUGGAAAUCAGUUCUUUUGAAAUGUAUAU